AUGAAUAACCUUUAUUCGACUGACGUCUCGACGUCUUCGACUUCAUCAGAGCCGAUGAUCCGGGUCGAUGCUCCACAGUUGUUCCUCUUCUCGAUACAUCUUCUUCAGGUUGCUUCACUGCUAUCAACUGAUGAGACGAGAACGCUUCGAGUCAGUAGGAUUCUUCCUCCACAAUCGGCCAUCCCUCGCCAGGAUUCUGGUCCUUCCUAUUGUGCAGUUUGCGCUGAAGAAGGCAACAUGGAGAAGCGGUCGUUGCCAUGUGGCCAUGCAUUCUGUGUAAUAUGCUGGCGUCAUCACAUCGAAGCCAAAAUUUGUGAAGGAGUAGCAUCUCGGUUGGGAUGUAUGGAGCCAAGCUGUACCCUUCUUUGCCCAAGCGAGUUCGUCCUAAGAAUUCUUGAUAAGCCUCAAUUUCGAGCACGGUACGAGCGAUUUGUUUUUCGGGAUUACGUAUCUUCUCAUCCUCAUCUCAAAUUUUGUGUAGGAAAAGAUUGUCAGACCAUAAUUCGAUCAAAGGAAAGGAAGCCGAAACGGGUCACUUGUUCUACGUGUUCAACGUCAUUUUGUGUGGCAUGUGGUGUCGACUAUCAUGCUCCAACGUCGUGUGAAACAAUAAAGCAAUGGUUGCUGAAGUGUGCUGAUGACAGUGAGACUGCGAACUAUAUCAGUGCUCACACGAAGGAUUGCCCUCAGUGCCACUCUUGUAUUGAGAAAAAUGGCGGCUGUAACCAUAUGCAGUGUGCCAAAUGCAAGCACCAUUUUUGUUGGAUGUGCUUCGGCGAUUGGAAAACACAUGGCAGUGAGUACUACGAAUGCAGUAGGUACAAGGAGAAUCCUUCUGUGGCUGCGGAAGCAAAUCAUGUCAAAGCAAGACGAGCACUGGAAAAAUAUCUUCACUAUUAUGAACGCUUCGAAAAUCACAGCAAAUCCUUGAAAUUGGAACAGCAACUGCGUGAUAAGAUUCAGAAGAAGAUUGAAACAAAAGUGAAUGAUCAUGAUGGUACCUGGAUUGACUGGCAGUACCUUCACAAUGCUGCUUCCCUUCUCACUAAAUGUCGCUACACCUUACAGUAUACGUAUCCGUUCGCAUACUUCAUGGAGAAUGGAGCCAGGAAACAGCUGUUCGAGUAUCAACAGGCUCAAUUGGAAAAGGAGGUCGAGGAGUUAGCAUGGGCCGUCGAAAGAGCAGAUUCAACCGCAAGGGGUGCGCUUGAAGCGCAUAUGCACCGUGCAGAGCAUAAACGUAUCAGCCUCCUUCACGACUUCUUCUUCUGA